CCAAGAAGAGAACCUACAAACUACAUUGUAGGUUAAAACUACCUGAUCAGAGAGACAAGACUGUGCAAACUUCCCUAAGACCUACCUUGAUACCUAAGCUGACUCCUCAAAAGAGCUGGGAAUUACAGCCUGAAAUGGACAGCAGCAAUUGCAAAGUUAAUGCUCCUCUCCUAAGUCAAAGAUACCGGAGGAUGGUCACCAAAGAUGGACACAGCACACUUCAAAUGGAUGGCGCUCAAAGAGGUCUUGCGUAUCUUCGGGAUGCAUGGGGAAUCCUAAUGGACAUGCGCUGGCGCUGGAUGAUGCUGGUCUUUUCUGCUUCUUUUGUGGUCCACUGGCUUGUCUUUGCAGUGCUCUGGUAUGUUCUAGCUGAGAUGAAUGGUGAUCUGGAAAUAGAUCACGAUGCCCCACCUGAAAACCACACUAUCUGUGUCAAGUACAUCACCAGUUUCACCGCUGCAUUCUCCUUCUCACUGGAGACACAACUUACAAUUGGUUACGGUACCAUGUUCCCCAGUGGUGACUGUCCAAGUGCAAUCGCCUUGCUGGCCAUACAAAUGCUCCUAGGCCUCAUGCUAGAGGCUUUUAUCACAGGUGCCUUUGUGGCGAAGAUUGCCAGGCCAAAAAAUCGAGCUUUCUCAAUUCGCUUUACUGACCUAGCAGUAGUAGCUCACGUAGAUGGCAAGCCUAAUCUUAUCUUCCAAGUGGCCAACAUCCGGCCCAGCCCUCUGACCAGCGUUCGGGUCUCAGCUGUCCUCUAUCAGGAAAGAGAAAAUGGUGAACUCUACCAGACCAGUGUGGACUUCCACCUCGAUGGCAUCAAUUCUGAGGAAUGUCCAUUCUUCAUCUUCCCACUAACCUACCACCAUGCCAUUACACCAUCAAGUCCUCUAGCCACUCUGCUCCAGCAUGAAAAUCCUCCCCACUUUGAAUUAGUUGUGUUCCUUUCAGCAAUGCAGGAAGGUACUGGAGAAAUCUGCCAGAGGAGGACAUCCUACCUACCCUCUGAGAUCAUGUUACAUCACUGUUUUGCAUCUCUGUUGACCCGAGGUUCCAAAGGUGAGUAUCAAGUCAAGAUGGAGAAUUUUGACAAGACUGUUCCUGAACUUCCAACUCCUCUGGUCUCUAAGAGCCCACACAGGACUGACCUAGGUAUCCGUAUCAAUGGACAAGGCAUUGAUAAUUUUCAGAUCUCUGAAACAGGGCUGACAGAUUAAGACUUAUCUAUGCCAUCCUUUUUAAUGUAUUAAAUAUAUCCAGCCAGUUAAGCAGCUAUUCUUCCUUCACUGUAUCUUAUGUUUCUUUCUUCUCAAAGCUGAUUACAUCAUGGUAAUCAUGCCUAUGCCCACAAAAAAAUGACGGAGCUAAUAAUAUACAUCCUGAAAAGAGAACAGUCUAUCUUACAAAGUUUGUAUCUGUGGUUAUCUGCUGAAAUAGAUGCAACUCAACCUGAUAAGAUACCAUACAGAAAUGUGCUGGUGAGUUUAUAAUGAUGUAGCAUAUGCUAUCAGUUAUGAAGGCUAGCAUAGCUGAACUCUAAGAAAAAUCAACUAUACAUCUCUCAUUUUCACCUGCAAACUGAAGCAACAGCCUAGUUUCAAACUUAGCUCCCUGAGUGGAAAGAGUAUUUAGUGAGCAUCCUUUUACAACUGUUAUUUUUCAAGACAACAAAAAUCAUCCCUUUGGUUCUUUAACUACAAAACUAGGGUUAAGUAUCUCCUUACAAAAAUUCAAAAGAACAUAAUAUGGAUUCCUAAAAGUAUUUCAACAUGACAUGUAUAUAUUCAUGUAUUUGUGGUAGAAGGUACCCAGAGCAAGUAAGAGACACUCUGGGCCCAGCAGAAUCUGGAGGGUGGUAUUUCUGGCAAAAGGAGGCAAAGAUGUAUGUAUCUAUUUAAAAGACUACCUUGUCUAAUACUUUAGUGAUUUUCAAACUCUAAUCAUCUAGCCAUCCGAAUUGCUUCCAGCCUAAGUAAAAAGCAUUAUCUUCCAGCUUAUGACCAACUCAAUGGCAUAAAAAAGAUGUGCUCUACAUACACUGUUGAUACAAAUGCAUACUGAAUUUUCUAUAGAUACAAGAUUUAGUUAGGCUAUAACUCAACUCAGCAAAAAAAAAAAAAAAAAAAAAAA